CGCUCUGUUGUCGGAGAGAACGAAUGCAGGCAGAGCACCAUCUCAGUGCAAGAGGCUCAUCAGCUCAUAGAGCUGGGGGACAAUGCUGUGUUCUGCUGCCGCUGGAGGAAGCCUGCUCUUUGGAUGCAAUAUAGUUGCUUUAUCAGAUUUAUAUAUGCAUGGGUGAAAUAAUAUUAUACUGACGGCAAUCAUUUCCGUGGCGUAUUGAUGCAACAUAGCUUCCCAGCAGGAGAUCAUGAUCCAGAACAGAGGGUAAAGUGACUCCUUUCCCAAAUAUCCAGUGCUGGGGCUGUAUACAAGUGUUGGGGAAUAUCCAGGAGCCGCCAAAUAAUGAUGGUGCAAAGUGCUCAUCAUCUCUCAGAGGGAGCAAAGUCAGUGGAUGUCUGGAAGCAGCCCUGAGUCACCACAAUGCAGCUGGCAGAGGCUAAGUGCCUGUGGCCCCAUAAGCAAUAACUACACCUGAGGAUCAGCUCUCAAAUGAACGAAGAAUGGGUGUCAACCCUUAUCGGUCAUUAAGAGGAUCAGCUGUAUUCCUGCUUGUAGUCUUGCUGGUGCUCAUGGCUAUUCCCUCCUCUGCUGAACGUGGGUGCCCUACAGAAUGUAGGUGUGAUGGAAAAAUGUUUUAUUGCGAGUCUCAGAAGCUGCAGGAGAUCCCUUCAUCGAUAUCUCCUGGAUGUGUUGGGUUAUCUUUCCGGUAUAACAGCCUUCACUUGCUGAAAUAUAAUCAAUUCAAAGGUCUUAAUCAGCUCACUUGGUUGUACGUAGACCACAACCAUAUAAGCAGCAUUGAUGAGAAUGCAUUCAAUGGGAUUCGCAGGUUAAAAGAGCUGGUUCUGAGUUCUAACAGGAUUUCCCAUCUGCUAAACAACACCUUCAGACCACUCACUAACUUGAGGAACCUAGAUCUCUCCUACAACACCAUCCAAAAACUGGGACUUGGACAAUUCAAAGGCUUGAGGAAACUGCAGAGCUUGCACUUAAGAUCUAAUUUAUUGAGAAACAUUCCAGUUAGAAUAUUUCAGGACUGUAGAAACCUUGAACUUUUGGAUCUAGGUUACAACAGAAUACGAAGUUUGGCCCGAAAUGUUUUUACGGGUAUGAUCAGACUGAAGGAACUGCAUUUAGAGCACAAUCAUUUCUCCAAACUCAACUUAGCUCUUUUCCCCAGGUUGGUUAGUCUACAGAACCUCUACUUACAGUGGAAUAGGAUUGGCCUUAUUGGACAAACCAUGUCUUGGACCUGGACCUCAUUGCAAAGGCUUGAUUUAUCUGGCAAUGAAAUUGAGGCUUUCAGCGGCCCAAGUGUGUUUCAGUGUUUGCCAAAUCUACAGCGGCUCAACCUGGAUUCCAACAAGCUGACCUUUAUAGGCCAAGAGAUCUUGGACAGCUGGGGAUCUCUUACAGACGUUGGUCUUGCUGGGAAUAUCUGGGAGUGCAGCAGAAAUAUCUGCUCUUUGGUUAACUGGCUGAAAAGUUUUAAAGGCUUGAGAGACAACACAAUUAUUUGUGCCAGCCCUAAGGAUCUGCAAGGGGUCAAUGUUGUCCAAGCCAUCGAGAGCUACAAUAUUUGCAGCAAAAAUGUGACGGAAAGCAGGGAGCUGAAAACCACUGGGCGGAAUACAACUGUAAAACAAAUAAUUACAAGAACUAAACAUGAAAGUAACCACUCAAUGCCUCCAACUGUUGGAGUGACAGUCCCUGCCUAUGAUACCGGUGGGAAUACAGAUAGUGUUUCUUUACAUAAAAUAAUAGCAGGGACUAUUGCUCUCUUUCUGUCAGUGUUAGUGAUCUCCUUAGUAAUCUAUGUGUCAUGGAGAAGGUCUCCAGCAGGUAUAAGACAUCUGCAGCAGGCAACGCUUAUGAAAAAUCACAGCCAAGCUAAAAGAUCGUCCCUAACACAAAUUAGCCUAACACCACAGGAAUUUUAUGUGGACUACAAACCUGCAACAAGCAGAGAGACGUGCGAAUCAAUAAACACCACUGGUUCCUGCACAUUUACCAAAUCAGGUUCCAGGGAAUGUGAGGUAUAAUGAUUGAAAAUACAUGUUUUCUUUUUUUUUUCUUCUUUUUUUUUUUUUUUUUUUUUAGACUUUUUUUUAUGGAACUGCGAUAAACUUUCUUAUUUUUCACUAAUGUCACAUAUAGACAACUGUAUAAAUAUUAAUCUGUUUAUUUCUGCUACCAAAUUAUAAAGAUAUACAAGAUAGUCAGUGUAAAGUCACAAUGAGAUGGUGUGCAAUAUAUUGUGAGUUAUGGUGCUGUUUUAUUUUAUUUUUUAUUUUAAAUUAAAGUAUCACUUGUUUUGA